AUGGAUGAAUAUUCUGAAGUCGCCAAUAUCGGAUUGCGUCAUGCAUGGAAAGUCCCCCGCCUCUCUCUGGCUCUUUUGGAAUUCGCAACAUACAUCAAUCUCCUGUCUCCUUCUCUGCGCACUUUUCGACAGCCGCUCGACGGACAUGGACGGACCUUCGCUGAUCUCUAUCAGCGCUAUAAGAUUGGCACAAACCGCAUCACGCAAUGGCUUGCAGAUACCGCCAAUGACAUCGGCAAACUCGAGAGCAUAGUCGACCGGCAGACUCGCAAAGCGCUCAAGCACAGUGCGCUGCGAGGCAGUAGUCAUACGGUGCGCAUCAGUACAUCCCAACUAGUGCGCCUUGCCUCCGAGGUUUCCAUCACCACAUUGCGCAACCGAGCGCCUCCGAAGGAUAUCAGAGACAUCAUCAUCAUCACAGAAGACGUACUGGCAGGCAGGAGGGACUACAGUGUCUGGAACGAGCAGAAAACGACCACGAAGGAUGCUGAACACCGCCAGCAAAAUGAGUCGCAUCAGCACUUCAUACAUGUGUUGGUGGAAGUACUCGAUCAUCUCAAAAGAGCACACAAGUACAGCCAGCCCGUUGUUUCACGGCCCAAGGCGACUCGAGGGAAGAAGAAGCCUUCAGCUGCGUCAGUUGCUGUCAAGCCUGAUGACAGCACCGUGCUGAAGAACAUCUACAAGGGACUGGCCCUCGAGGAGCCUGCGAUUGACUCUUUAGAGGAAUCAACUACACACUUCGAGCUCGAGCAACCAGAAGGCGAGGAUUUGUUCGCUUUCUGGUGCCUGCUCAAAGACUUCAACAAGAUCCGCAACUUCCUCCGCAGCAUUUGGCAAGAAUACUACGACAAGAAGAUUGGCAUCCACGUGGCAUCAGAGCUCAGCGAUAAGGCAUAUGAGAUCGUGCAGCACAUUACCGACGACUUCGCGGCAGAAUUUCCUCCACUGGGCACCUUCUCGAGGGUCGCCGAUCGUCUUGACUUCGAGAUCUCGAUGUGUGAUGGCGAGAUCGAGAGUUUCUCCUGUUCUGAUACCACUUCGCUGGUAGAUGGCAACUUCUCUGUCUCUACCGCCGAUUUUUACAGAUGCCAUGAGCUCAAUCGCCGCAUGCGAAGCCUGGCUGUGACUACCGCAGACCUGGUACAGAAAGGGGGAGGUGCGGCGCUACCUAAAUUCGACCAGUUCUGCAACUUACUUCCCGACGUUUUCGUCGCAACGGGAGACAUGCCCCUACACGUGGUCAUGAUAUAUCAGGCCAUGAUGGACACAAUCGAGAUCGGCGUUGAAGAUACGAUGAGUCCGUUCGCCAGUCUGUACAAGGAGGCAGUCAUUGUGAAGUCUAAAUGGGCACAGCUCGAGGAAGUUCAGGCACUAUCCCACGCCGGCCGAUCACUGUUUGAUACUAUCUAA